AUGGAUCAGCUACAUACCCUCGAUCUCUCCCAAUUCCACAGCGGAGAUGAGUUUCAACGGUCGGAGUUUUGCCAGAAAUUGCUUGCUUCUUUCAGAGAGAAUGGUUUCGUCAAAUUGAUCAAUCAUGGCCUCAGCGCUGAAUAUGUGACGGAAGGCCUAGAAUAUAACAAGGCGCUUUUCGCGCUCAGCAAAGAGCAGAAGAAUGAAUUUGCGCAUCCUCCGCGGCCAAACCCCCACAGAGGUUAUAGUCAUGUUGGCCAAGAGAAUAUCUCCGGUGUCACAGGUUUCGAGCGAGGCGAAGACGGCGGCAAGGUAGUAGUCGAUCUGAAGGAAUCAUUCGAUCACGGAGCUCCAGAAAACACAAUGUACCCAAACAUGUGGCCCAAGGAGACCGAUGUGCCUGGUUUCAAAGAUUACAUGCUUGGCUAUUACGAGAAAUGCUACCGACUUCAUCUCGAGAUCAUGAGCGCCCUGGCUCUCUCCCUCGGCAUGGACGAGCACUUCUUCGACUCACUUCAUGACGCUCGCGCCAGCGAACUGCGUCUCCUCCACUACCUCGAAGUCCCACAGAGCCGGAUCACCCAGACCGACCAGACCCGGAUCGCCGAGCACACGGACUUUGGCUCGUUGACUCUACUCAUGCAGGACGGAUCCGGUGGUCUGGAGGUCCAAGACCAAAGCUCCGGCAAGUUUUACCCCGUACAAUGCACGUUCCCGACGUUGAUCGUCAACGUAGGUGAUUCGAUGAUGCGCUGGAUGAACAAGCGCAUUUACUCCGCGUGUCAUCGUGUCCCCAUCAAUGCGGAAAAGCUCUCUCCUCAGACUGGAUCGGUGCCUGCUCGACACUGCAUUGCUUACUUUGGAAAGCCUAAUCCGGCAGCGUCGUUGAAGCCGUUGGCGCUCAUGGUCAGUGAAAAGUACCCUGCUGUCUUUAAGGAUAUCGUGGCGCAUGAGUAUGACCAGAGUAAAUUGAGUCGUAUCUACGCGACUGCCUAG